CUCCAACUUCUCUUUCUGCUUCUGCUUCUUCUUCUUCUUCGUCUUCGUUCUCUUCUUCGUCUUCUUCAUCAUCUUCUUCUCCUUCUGCAUCUACCUCUGCAUCUUCUUCUUCACCUUCCUGCUUCCUCCGGCGCAUGCUCCUCCCCUUCUGGCCCUCCGUCUAGACCGUCAUGCGCCGUCCCAUGUCCACCUCAUCCACCACCACCACCACCUCCCUCCUCCUCCUCCUCGCCCUCCUCGCCUUCCUCUCCUCUCCCGCCGCUGCCGCAAACACCCUCUCCUACUGCUCUUCAGAAAACACCGGCUCCGACUAUGACGUCGCCUACAACAUCUACCAGUCCUACGGCCUCUGCUUCGACACCUGCGAGAGUGGCGGCUACUCCUUUGGUAUCCUCCAGGACAGCAACUGCUGGUGCUCGGAUGUCAUGCCCGGCUCGACCACCUCGGUAGACAAGUGCAACGACGAGUGUCCCGGCUUCCCCAGCGACCCGUGUGGCAACGAAUCCGAAGGUCUCUACGGCUACAUCCAAAUCUCGGACGCCUCCAGCACCGCAGCUGCUGCCUCGUCCACCGCUGCCGAGAGCUCGACUUCCUCGACCUCGUCUUCUAGCUCGACCGAGGCCAUCACCACAACCUCAUCUGCAACCACAACCUCGGCUGACGACGACAGCUCGACUGCCACCUCGACCGAGGCGCCGACCUCGACCGAGUCAGACGACGACAGUCAGUCUUCUACAGAGGACCCGGCCACAACCUCGACAACAGAGACAACCUCGUCUUCAGACACCACCACCACACCCACAACAACCUCCGAGCCUGAGACAUCCACAACAUCCUCCUCCACUACCCCCACCGCCACCUCAACAUCCACCACCUCCUCCUCGCAGACAUCAAGGACUCCCUCGUCCACCUCGACCUCCACGUCCUCGCCCUCACCCAUCAUCUCGGUAGUCACCGUCACCGGCACGGGCGCCACAAAAACCCUCCUCAUAACAACCACAUACUCCAACUCCGCCACCUCCACGCCUGCAUCCACCACCUCCUCCAGCGGUCUAGCAGGCGACGCGUCUUCCAGCGCGGCAUCUUCUUCUUCCGCAACAUCCGGAUCAUCAUCUUCAUCCUCCGGUACCAACUCGGGCAGCAAAUCCUCGUCCUUCUGGGACAGCAAAGGAAAAGUCGCCGGCACGUUUGUCGCCGUCGCAAUCGUGGUCGUCAUCCUGAUUGUGUUGCUGAUUCUUCUCCUCCUCCGCCGCCGCCGGCAGCGCGAAGACGAAGAAUUCGCACGCGGGAUGUCGCCAAAGCAGGCUCAUAAUUCUCCAGUGAUGGGCGAUGGCUCGAGCCCGUUCAUGGCCUACGGGUUUGGCGCAGGCCGACGACGGCGGUCGACGGAUUCAUUGAACGGCGGCAGCAUGUCAGAAAAGAGAGGUGCGGGAGUGGGUGCUUAUGGCGCCCCGCCUCCGCGAUCAGAGACACUUCAGGUUGAUCAGCGAAUCGAUCCGGGCGCGAUGUACAUGCAUAACAAUUACUCGCGAGGAUCGGUGCGGGACGAGUACGACUACUCUAGGAAGGUGCUCAGAGUGCUGAAUCCUGAUGAGAUGUAACUAUUUCUCUUCUAGAAUUGGUUUGUUCUUCUCAUAGAGUUAGUUGGCUUGUUCUUCCUCAGAGUUGGUUGACAAACCGUUUUGUUUACUUAUGAUGAUUAUGAUCUGCUUGGCAUGAGAGUAAUGUGUGUACAGCAGCACGAGUCUGUUGUGGUAAUAACUAAUUAUUUGGCAUCGAUGAUUGGACAUGUCCUCCAUUUAUUUGUAUACAUAUCUGUUUUUUUGUUUUCUUGUCGACCUCUUUGAUCGACCAUUGUCGUCUUCUUUCUGCCGUUAUACAGUUGGCGUUGCAUCCUGGGCUUAUAUUCUCUUAUUGAUCUGCACAUUGCUUAUAUUUUUCUUAUUGAUCUGCACAUUGCUUAUAUUUCUCUUAUUGAUCUGCACAUUGCU